AUGUGUGCUAAAAUUUACAUGAACGGAGAUGGUUUUGGAAAAGGAUCGCAUUUAUCGUUGUUUUUUGUUGUGAUGAGAGGUAAGUUGAAUGAUUUGUUGUUUUUCCUUAAAUUUGAUUUCUGGUGGAUAAAUUUUGUUUGUGGGAAACAUCGCGUUUACGAAUCCUUUUCGGUAUUAAUAAUAUCGCACCUGUUCUCCAGUUCCCCCAUAUCCGAAUUGUUGUAUUUUUCAUUGUCUAUAAAACGUGUGGGCCCUUUAUGUUACAUGUAGAUGGCAUGGAGAACAAUGGGAUUUCUAAAACAAUGGAAAGUCAUUGAAACAUUCUGGUCACUGGAUCGUGGCUGGAUGCAUUUUAAUGUUGUGUAAUGAUUGUAAUAUACCACAAGAAUGUUCUAAUUUACCAUUAUUCAAUUACUGCUUUUUUACGGCUAUUAAAGGUGAUUAUGAUGCUCUCCAAACCUGGCCAUUUCAAGAAAAGAUUACGAUGGUAUUGAUGGAUCAAGGCAAUGGAGAUCAUAUAUUUGAUGCCUUUCAUUCAGAUCCUCAGAGUUCUUUGUUUCAACGCCCAAAGUCCGAUAUGAAUAUCGCUUCAGGUUCCCCGCUCUUUAUGCCUCUUGAUAGCUUGAAUAACCGUCAAUACAUCAAGGAUGAUGUGAUGUUUAUUAAGAUUAUCGUCGACUGAACCUACUGAUGCUGGGGUCAUCUAUUUGGCACAAUUGCAUGGAACAGGGUUAAAAAUUGGCGAGAUUUUAUGCACUCACUGCUACCACUACUACUGCUGUCGAUGUUGCUGUUGCUGCUACAGCUGCAGUAACUCUACCGUAUUUCACUAAUGUACAUUUCUACAUUUUUAAACUUGGUAUAUAUUAUCGAAAUCACUAGGAGUGGUAAAUUGAUCUCUCGAGACCUUUGCAAACCCGGACGUUUACCCCGUGUACCACGUGAUGAACGUUUUGGACGCCUCGUGACCGCUUUUGAACUCCAACGAAGUUCAUAAAGAAUUCACUGUAUGACAGAGGGAAAUUGCCUAAAUGACGUUUUGAUUAAGUAAACGGUAAAUGGGGUUGUAAAACGAACAGUAAAUGGUCAAGUAUGUUUUAGAACUGGAAAUCGAGGUAGCACAAACCUUAUUGCCUUAGUGUGCUCGUCUACAGACAUUACCAAGUAUAUUUAUUAUUGUAGUCUAUAGAUAGCAAUCGAGUGAACAAUCGCGUAUUUUGCUGUUGAAGAAUGUUGUAGACUGUACCUUCACAUCUUGAGAAUCAGAAUCAAAAUGUUGCGUUUAAAGUUUUCUAAAGAUAAUUUGCUCGAUCUUAAAAGGCUUAAAAACGCCGUCAUUUCCAGUUGAACAUUGCUGGAUGUUGAAGUUCUAAAGCAUCACGAGGUACCCAAACAGUUCAUCACGUGGUACAUAAAAAAUCCCGCGCGUGCAAAUCUCUAGUAGCAAAUCUCGAAGGACCAAUUUACCACUCCAUAGUGAUUGGCAUAGUAUGAUUAAAAAUGAAAAAGUGCAGCAUAAGUCUGGUAACUUAAAUAACUUUUUCCAAUCGGCCUUCAGUUACUAUAAUACCUGCUUUCGCAAAACCACGCUAAUUUGUAACCUCCUCCCAUGCCUUUGUACCAAAUGGAUGACCCACAUAGACUUGCCUUGUUGUGUUGUGUUGUGUUGAAAAAUGGCAAGACAAGUCAUUCCUGAAAUUAUAUUGUGAACCAACUAUAUCAUUUAUCAUUGGAUGCCAAAAAACUAAAAACUAAAAAAAAUCGUGCAUCGUCACAGAUUCCAAAGGUGUUCGUCGUAUCGUCACUAUCGUGGACCAAGUUGGGACGUCUGAUGUAACCAAAAGUAACUAUUACAGUUUGUGUAUGGUCAUAGAGUCCAUAGGUGUCGUCUCGUGUUGUGGACCAAUUUGGGACUUCUUAUGUAACUAAAAACGAAGUAUUAUAACAGUUUGUGUAUCGUCACAGAGUUUAUCUUUUCGUAUCGUGAACCAAGUUGGGUCUUCUGAUGUGGUCAAAAUCUAAAUAUUACAGUUUGUGUAUCGUCACAGAGUUCAUAGUUGUCUUAUCGUAUUGUGGACCAAGUUGGGACAUGUGAUGUGAUUUAAAAACGAAGCAUUACACUUUCAGAAAACCUCGCCAAUUUUUAACCCCCUCCCACGCCUUCGCAUCACAUGGAUGGCCCCAGUGUUGACAAAUGUCAAGA